CAGCAACCGAAUCAUCUCACUUUGCUCCUUCCUUCUCUCUCUCUCUCUCUCUCUCUCUCUCUCUAAACAUAGACAAAGCAGAGCAUAGAGAGCUCAAACAAUGGUGCCCACCUCACUGCCUCCUCUUCGCUCAUCAAAUGUCUCUUCAACUCCUCUCUCUCCUCUCUCUCCUCUCUCCUCAUUCUCUAUGUACACCUCCUCUUCCUCUAUUUCUUCUUCCUCUUCUUCGUCUUGCUUUCUGUCUUCCAAACCAUCUUACCGGCCUUGCUCUCUCCGGGUCAACAUCAACAAAACCCAUUUGAGAACUAGCUCCAAGUCCAAGGUUGGCUUGAAAGUGAAUUGCUCAGUAAAGAGUGAACCGUUGAAGGUGAUGAUAUCAGGUGCACCAGCUUCAGGCAAAGGAACCCUAUGCGAGUUGAUUGUGCAGAAGUUUGGAUUAGUGCACAUUUCAACAGGAGAUCUUCUGAGAGCUGAAGUGUCAUCUGGGACGGAAAUUGGGAACAAGGCAAAAGAAUACAUGAAUGCUGGUCGUCUAGUUCCUGACGAGAUAGUAACAGCUAUGGUCAAAGCUAGAUUAUCUCGCGAAGAUGCAAAAGAAAAAGGGUGGCUUCUUGAUGGGUAUUCAAGAAGUGCCACCCAAGCACAGAGUUUGGAGGAGCUGAAGAUCAGACCAGACAUUUAUGUUGUGCUGGAUGUUCCUGAUGAAAUUCUAAUCGACAGAUGUAUUGGAAGAAGGUUGGAUCCUGUGACGGGGAAGAUUUACCAUUUGAAGAAUUUCCCUCCAGAGACAGAGGAGAUUAGAGAAAGACUUGUUACCCGUCCGGAUGACAGCGAGGAAAAGGUAAAGCGACGUCUUGAAGUAUACAAGCAAAAUGCUGAAACAAUCUUAUCCACUUACUCAAACAUAAUGAACAAGAUUGAUGGAAACCGACCUAAAGACGAAAUUUUUGCCGAAAUAGAGUCUUUGUUAUCAGAAGUACAGAAAGAUAAAGAGAAGCUGAAAUUAGGGAAACCAACCUCUGGAAAUGAUAGCCUCUUAAAUCAGUCAUCUUCAAGUCAAGUUGUUGAUAACUGGAGGGGUAUUCCUACUAGAUUGAAUAACAUUCCCCAUUCUAGAGAAAUUAGAAAAUAUUUCUAUAACGAUGUCUUACAGGCCACGCAAAGAGCUAUAAAUGAUGGAAGAACUAGAUUAAAGGUGGAGAUUAAUAUCCCAGAGCUGAAUCCAGAAAUGGAUGUUUAUCGCAUAGGUACGUUAAUGGAACUUGUUCGGGUUGUUGCUCUUUCAUUUGCUGAUGAUGGAAAACGGGUCAAGGUUUGCGUCCAAGGAUCUAUGGGAGAAGGUGCACUUGUAGGAAUGCCAUUGCAGCUUGCUGGUACUCGAGCAAUCUUAGAGUUCAUGGACUGGGGUGAUUAUGGUGCAAUUGGGACAUUUAUCAAAAUUGGAUCUAUAGGUGCCAAAGAUGUAGAUGAGCAAGACGACAUGUUUAUUCUUGUGGCUCCUCAAAAUGCUGUAGGAAAUUGUAUUAUUGAUGAUCUAAGAGCCAUGACUGAUGCUGCUGGGAAACGACCAGUUAUUCUUAUCAAUCCUCGACUCAAGGAUUUACCGGGAUCUAGUGGAAUCAUGCAAACAAUGGGCCGCAACAAGAGAUUGGAGUAUGCUGCAUCGUUUGAAAGUUGCUAUUUCUUUAGGCUUCUCUAUUAUGCAGGAACCCAAUACCCAAUUAUGGGAGCAAUAAGGAUGUCUUAUCCUUAUCCAUACGAAUUGUACAAGAGAGUGGAUGAACCUUCUGGAAAGGAAAAGUAUGUCGCCUUGUCAACAUUUCCUAAAAGGCCAAAUCCUGAUGAAAUCAAUGAUGCUUUCAUAGGAAAACCCAGAAAUCAAACGAAGAAAGAGUCUGGAAUUUGGGGAUUCUUGAGCAGCAUAUUUUGAGCAAUGAGGAAGAUGGUGUAUAUAUAUAGUCUUAUUCACUAGUAAGUUUUACUUUUAGUUACAAAAGGGUGCUGAAAAUAUCUAUGCUCUUUCUUGUUCAUAUCAAGUUUCAUGUCUAUUUUUCCGGCCACUUCGUUCUGAAGAUUCUGCUAUCACUCAUAUGACAGCUCAUAAUAUUAGUUUAUGAACUUGCACUAUGUUCUUACAAGUUACAUGUGACGUGAUAUUGGGAGGGAAAAAAAAAAAACUGUAUAGUUACUGCAUUCUCUAUGGCUUUCAGUUUUAUAAAAUGAAUUAAUGAGAACUAUUUUGCUGGCAAACACAUUUUAAUAUGGUCAGUACAAUUUA